AUGAGCGCGUUGCGGCAUGCUGAUGCUGGCCAUGGCGUUGGCGCAGAUCGCGAUACCUCCGACAACAGUCACAUAGCGAAUAACUCAGAUCUGGAGGCGGGUCUUUGGCAGGAGGCGCCCUUUUCUCGCUUGCCAGAUGAUGCGCCACCAGAACUUCGGGAAUUUCUGCAGGAUGUUGAGAAUCCAAGACGAGUUUGGGCCAUCCAUCGAGCUAGUAGGCGGCAUGAUUUCCAACUCCUUGUCGAGACGUACAUUGCGCAACUCCGCACCGGCUGCGCUUCCCCCCAAUGCAGCACAGCAACCUGCUUCACAUGCCGGAAGCGUCUCGCCGGCAAGGCUCCCAUUCGACGAUUUAGUGCUACAAGCGCAAGGAUUCUGGCUGUCUACCUCGCCAGCCAGGACAACCCAGAUAGAGGCCUCUGCCCGUACCUGCGCCGAUCGAACGGUCCCCCCCCAGCCGUGAAUAAUCUUAUUUUCUCAGCACAACGACCGCGAUCUCAAACCUUGGCCGAACCUACACCUCCCAAGGUCGCUGGAUCCCCGGGACCUCGUAAGACCUCCGUUGGUGCGGAAGCCAAGCCGAAGCACGCGUCGUCUGGCAGACAAUGCAAAGUCUCCAUCAUCGAGAGUCCUGGUGCUGAUCCAGUCAAAUCAGAAGUCCAGUCACUCGGCUGCGAGGAUGGAGCAUACAAAUCUACCGGUCGUGGCCAAGAUCGAAGUGACGUUGGCAGCGGCAAAGUCAUCAUUACAGAAAAACCUGUAAGCAGAGACUACAGGUCAUUUGCAGCGUCAACAUUUGGGACAAUAGCUUUCAAAAUGCUGGAGUGGCUGACUCCACAGGGAUUACGGGCAAUAUCUGAACAAAUUCACGAUGCUAGUGACCCCGACUCAACUUUGAAACAGCAGCAAUCGAAGGAAACCAUGCAAGAAGGAACAGGUGUCCCAUCUGCGCCGCCUCCGUCACUCUCCCAACACUCUUCUUCCAAAUCAUCCACACAGGCCCUGAAGGCCCCCGAACUGCAACAGAGCCACCAGGCACUACCUGAACACGCAGGACGUGCCGCCGAAUCAACACUCCCACGAGAUCCUCCCCGGCGGAAACGAAAUUCAAAGGGCUCCCUUAAGACGGCAACCACAUCAAAGCCUCAGAAAAAGACAUCUCUAAAGCCUCUUCCGCCACUAGCCUCAGCAGAUGCACCCAAACCUGCCGCAAAGUCAAGCAACUUCCAUGGGGAUAAGAGACCACGAGGUCCAAAACUGACACCGAGCGUCGUUGGGCGAACCGUACCGGAAAUACCAUUGAAGCCAGCAUUUUUUGAAAAUAUCCCGUGUCUAUCCCCGUCGCCCGUCGAUGAAGUUGAUCCAACCUCGUCUGAACAGGGAGAGUCUGAGAAGGAUUCUUCCGCCAGAAAUACUAUUGCCGUCGCAACGACACGGAGGCGUAAGCAAGCCUCGCAAGACCAUGAGAAUGCACCCGCAGCAACGGACGAUUGCUGGAAAAAUUAUCCGUUGCCACAGUCUCUGAGUCAACUGAAUGUCGAGCUGAUAGACUUCAUCUGCGAUAUUUUUCAGGAAGAUGACACCAAUGAAAAGCAACUUUUUGGACCGCUAUCGUUGACAGAACAUCUCCCGAAACCCCGGAAUAGAUCAAAGCGAUUGGCGAGACAAAGACACAACCACCAGGUCAAACCCGCAGCCGUUCUUUCCGGCAAAUGGCGAGUGUUCAAUGAACAGACCAUAUUCAGCGUGCUGAGCGAUCCCCACUCAUUAGUCAAGUCUUUCACUAAAGACGGACGAUUGUACGACUCUCAAACCCUCUGGUACUGCAUGCUGCGGAUGACGCGGGCGGCCCCCAGCCUCGUGCUCCAUAGUCUGUGGCUGGCAGCCAAGAGCUUAUUCGCGCCACCUAUGCGCCUGAAUUCAGCGCGGCUGUCGUCGAAAAGGCUCAUGGGAGAGCAUCAGCUUCCGGCAUUGACUGACUAUGAAGCUGGCUGUGUCAUGUCGAUUUGUCUCCACGCCUUGGUGGCGGUAGCCCCUUGCACAGAAGACUCCUGGACAAUGCACGAAAUGUCAGGUAUUCGUUCCAACGGCGUCGUCGUGGCUGGCGCGGCGGCACGACGUAUCUUGCCGAUGUGCCUCGAGUACGACGACGUGUUUUCCAAUGAGCUUGCUCUGCGACUAGCCAGGAGGCUAUUUCGUGCCAUCACCGCUCGAAACUGCUUUGCAGAAAUAGCAGACUGGGACGGCCAGGUGGAGGAAGCAAGUUUUGAUGUCUUGAGCCCCUUGCUACACCAGAUAGAUGUCAUGCGGAGCGGGAUUCGUAUCCUAGAAUUCACUCAAGAUGAGCGUCUGCUACAUGAAACCCGAGUUCCCAUGCUUCUACUGGACUGGGCCAGAGCAGUGCUUCUUCAGGACUGGAAUGGACGCACAGAGUAUUCACACGAUGGCCCCUUUCAUGGGGCACUGUCUUUGAUGACCACGUUGUACGAAAAUAGGACUAUGCUUCUUUUAGGAGACAUUCGAUUUCGUGUUGAUUAUUUUUCAGAGCGAUUGGAUUCCAUGGACAUUCCUGUCUUAUGGGCCGACUUUACUUCUAAUAGACAUAGGCAUCACCUCUUGGAUCAUCCGUUUCUCUUCAGUCCCGAGACGUUGGUCAACUUUUUCCGAUCAAUCAAUUUCUCGCGAAUGAGCAAAAACUUCGAAGAAUCUAGCUCUCUGAAAACUAGAAUGACUGCCAUUAUUGACCCAGGCAGUUUGGUCACUAACACUCACCAUAAGCACGUCCUGCAGGACCUGCUUAAGACUGCGUCCUCAAGAUUCUUAGUCCUGGCUAUCAGCAGAGAACACGUACUCAGGGAUGCGUUUGAUCAGUUGUGGAGACGGCAGGAACGAGAAUUGCUGAGGCCCUUGAAAGUACACUUGGGGGAGGGUGCUGGCGGCGAAGAAGGGUUUGACUCGGGCGGGGUUCAACAAGAGUUCUUUCGAAUGGCAAUUUCAGAGUGCCUCGAUACGAAGUAUGGGGCAUUCACGGUCGAUGACAGGACGAGGAUGGCAUGGUUUGUGCCAGGCUCUCUUGUCGAACUUUGGAAGUUCGAGAUGAUCGGCUUGUUGAUGUCACUAGCCGUGUACAACGGCCUGACACUUCCAGUUACUUUUCCUAAAGCCCUGUACAGGAAGCUCUUGGGUCAACCUGUAGAUGAACUCUACCAGAUUGCGGAUGGCUGGCCGGAUUUAGCAAAUGGACUUACCGCCUUGCAAGAGUGGGAUGAGAAGGACGGCUUGGUAGAGGAUGUCUUCGCAAGGACAUAUGAAUUCUCAGUUGGGGCAUUCGGCGCUGCCGUAACGCGUCCCAUGACCAAGGAGAAAUCCUCUUGGCCGCAGGGGAUUCCACCGCCUCCGACAAGAACCGGCUCCGCUGCACCUGGCGACGAGGCGCCACUGGUCACAAGGGAGAAUCGCGACGAGUACGUGCGCGACUACAUUCGAUACCUGACUGACGUGUCCAUCCGGCCCCAAUAUCGAGCAUUUGAGCGCGGCUUCCGGGCGUGUCUGGACGCCAAGUCCCUCACCUUGUUGACGCCGUCAAUCUUGCAGUCUGUUGUGGAGGGCGUGCAAGAGAUUGAUAUUUCGGAGCUUCGAAGAUAUGCUCGCUACGUCGGGUGGGAUCCCUCGCAUCAUACCGUCAAGGACUUCUGGUCUAUCGUGAAGAGAUAUGAUGAUGGGAUGAAACGCAAACUACUUGAAUUCGUCACGGCGUCGGACCGUGUGCCCGUGGGCGGCAUGCGAAACCUACAGUUUAUAGUUCAAAAGAAUGGCGAAGAGGAGGGGAGUAAUGGUCACCUGCCCACGGCAUAUACGUGUUAUGGAACGCUACUAUUACCGGAAUAUAGGGACAAGGAUGUACUACGGGAGCGGUUGGAAAUGGCACUAGAGAAUGCGAAAGGGUUUGGGUUUGCAUGA